GGGUGAAGGAAGCUGAUUAUUGGCAUGACUCGUACAUCGCUGUGUUUAUCUCUCCAUUUCUUUUGGAUGUAACGUUUAAUAUUGUAAAGAGGAAUUUCUGAACUACACAGGCAUUAUGAUCAACUUGUUAAUAUGCGUGUUCAGUGUAAUCAUCUGAAAUGGUGAACAUAAAUUAUACAAGAUAUUUAAGCAGUUCUCGAGGGAUGGCAGUGAAUAGACCUACUCGACUAUUCUAUUCAACUGAAGAGAAUAAACAAACCUAGAUUCAAACGGUUGUUAAGGGAUAGAAAUAGAACUGCUUGUCUCUACUACGUCAGUCUACCGGAGAAUGAACAACUUAUAUACUUGUUUAGGAGUUGAAUAGACCUUUCUUGUAAUUGCAUAUUUCAAGAUGCAAUGUUAGACUUGAAAUAGAAUAAUUCCUUCAUCCUGCCAUCUUCUAAAUAUCAAAAUGGAUGAGAAUUUAGGAGCAAUUGUAACAGUAACACUUAUCAUUUUGGCAUUAGGCGAGAGCUUGUCAUCACCAGAAACAAUACCAGCUGAGAAGAUAUUAAUAAAGAAAUUAUUGGCACGUUAUGAAUCCCAGGGUAAAACAGGUCGCCCUAUAGUCAAUGUUAAAGAUCAUAUGACAGUCAAUUUCAGUUUAUCAUUAAUACAAGUUUUAGAUAUAGAUGAACAGAAUCAAGUUUUAAAAACAAAUAUAUGGUACCAAUAUGUAUGGAAAGACAUAUUAUUGACAUGGGAUCCUAUGGAACAUGAUAAUAUAACCAGUGUACGCGUUCCAUCUGAUAAUAUCUGGUUACCUGAUAUACUACUGUAUAACUUUGCUGAUGACCGAUUAAAAGAACAAAGGGACGCAUUAGUAGUAGUGGAAUACACUGGAGAUUUAUUAUGGAUGCCACAAGCCAUCUUAAACAGUUCUUGUUCAUUCGAUACGCUCUACUUUCCAUUUGAUGAACAAAGCUGUGAACUUAAAUUUGGAUCAUGGACUUACAGUGGGGAUCAGUUAAAUGUUGAAUUUCUUGUUGGACAAGACAAAAUGGAUUUACAUGAUUAUAUGGCCAGUAACGAAUGGGACCUGAUUUCUAACACUGGUAGAAGAAAUGUGAAAUAUUAUUCCUGCUGUCCAGAACCGUAUCCCGAUCUUACGUUCCGUCUCAGCUUCCGUCGACGAGUAGCGUUCUAUACGUUUAUACUGAUAUUACCAUGUGGGUUGUUAUCAUUAUUAACGUUAGUUAUAUUUUGGGUUCCUCCUGAAUCACCUGCUAAACUUCAACUGGGUAUGAAUAUAUUUCUUGCUUUCUUUGUACUGUUACUCUUACUAGCUGAUUACACACCAAAAGCGGCCACGUCCAUACCAUUGAUAGGUUCAUAUUUUUGUUUAAGUAUGGUGAUGAUCACUAUGUCUACAGUAUUAGCUUGUAUUAUAGCUAAUAUGUUUUUUCGGGGUGUCAGAGUGAACAGAGCUCCUGAUUGGUUACGUUCAUGUAUAUUUGAUGGCGUUGCUAAGGUGAUGUGUUUGGGAGAUAUGAUCAGUGAAGUACAAAGAGAAUAUUCUCAUAAAAAAUUAUGGACAUCUUACGUCACAACAGAGCCUGACGAAGAAGAUUCCGAAAUGGCGUGUGCCCGCGUGAGACUUUUAGAGAAUGGAAUUGACUCCAGAUCUACUAUUAAUGACAUCGGACUGGAUGACAGUAGUUGUGAACCGUCGCCCAGACGGAGAACACCGUGUCGUGUGCCCGCCAACCCGUUAAGUACAGAAGUGUCGGCUAUCAGAGAAAUCAUUAGCAGGUUUGAAGAAAAGAAAGCAAACGAGGACAUUAGAAAACGUAACACAGAAGAGUGGCGAAUUAUCGCUUGUGUUGUAGAUAGAAUAUUUUUUACAUUUUACGUACUGAUAAAUCUUUUAGGAAUUGCCGCCAUUAUGUUGAAAGCCAAGAUGGCCUAGCGUUACUCCUAGACUCACUACCUGUCUCAUUCGUGUCUUUCAACUGCUUUUUUCUAUUGAUAAAUACCACGUGUGUAUCUCUAUUACGCCUACAUGUAUAUACAUCUAUAUAUAUAUAUAUAUAAAUAUAUACACCGAAAAUGGUUAUGUUUAUUUAAUUUGUCCAUUAAUUUGUUUAAUAUAGUAAUCGAUUUUAUCACGCCCACAUGAAACUUUCUUUGGUGUCCAGGCACAUUUAUUAGCGUCACUAUAAAUGCAGACCAUGCAUCAAGAGUUUAGUACUCCAAUCUGUAUCCAGUAAUCAAUAAUUUUUCCGUUACUUUUAGAUGAAGCUAGAUUUUAUGAAAUUUCUUUCUAUUUUUGGCCGGAUUGUUCACUCUUCAGACCUAUAUUAAUAAUAGGAUAUUCUGAAUAAAAAGGGAAUAUCUCAUUACAUUUGAUUUCCUACUUUUCUGCACUAACCAGACAAUGUGCUACGAUCUGGUCUUAUUUUGAAUUUCAACUGUUAAGGGUUCUGUUGCGUGCACGCCAAGGUGUACGCGGGACCUCGGUUAUUCAACCCAUAUAAACAACUAGACUCUGUUCCGGGCACUCCAACUUGCAUCAGUCCUGCAUCACUGACAGAGGGAAACCAUGUUGGGAAUCCGAAGACCUCUCUCGGGAUCGAACCCUGUACAUCCUGGUUGGCUACUCUGUGCCCUACUCAUUGAACCACCGAGGUUCCAUUACUUGAACAGUAAAAUGAAUAAGAUUUAUGUUACAAUGAAAAACUUGUUUUCGCUUUUUUGACUCUCUUUAUCAAUUUAACCACUGAAACACUGAAGAGUUAUCUGCACUUUAUAAUAAAUCUGCUGCGAUUUUCAUGACGCCCUUUAACUCCAUUAAAGAUACAUUAGUUAAGAUUUUAAUAAAAAGUUGGUCAUUCUUGAUAUAACAGUUCAACAAUAGAUGAUAAAAAAAGAAAAUAUUGAAAAUUGCAAUCACAUUACUUCAUUCUGAACAAAGUUGUCACUGUUGGAAGUUUGGACUAGAAAUAGGUAUCAGCUGUCCCCGCACCGUCUCUGAGAAUUGUUGAUCGUUUGAUUGACAGACGAUCCGCCCACAUAUUCUCGAUUAUGAAGUAAAAUUCUCAAUGUCUAAGGUACCCUCGAUUAUCAUUCCUUUCAUCGGCAGUCUGCGAGAGUGACGUCAGUGAUUAACGGAAAAUGUUAGCUUUGUCAGCCAUUUAAUGAUUUAAUUAUUAAGUGGACGACUGUUUAAAUCCAAACUGUAUCCAAGCCAUCCGUCGGUCAACAGAGUUGAUUUUCGAAUUGUUAAGUAAAUAAAGGUCUAAUUUAUUAGUUCUAUAACAUUUAACUUGCAAUGGGCAUAUGUAGCUCUUAACUAAUGUAUCUUUAAAAGAUUAAAAGAUCCACGAAACCCCAUUUUCAUGAUUUGUUUGACACUGUUAAGUAUUAUGAUUAUCGAGUUGAAAAAUGCAUUGAAACCACGUAGUGUUUUUCUAAUUUUAAGAGGGGGCGCAAAAACUACAAAACGCACCAUUGCACCCCCUUCGCAUAGCCCCAGUUUCCGGUUAUGACAUGUCAGUGUUUUACAUCAUCAGUGUUUUACAUCAUCAGUGUAUGCCGAGGUUCAUCAGGCCGAAUCACUCCAAGUAUCCAAGAUCGCAGCAGACACCAAGCGAUCCUGGCUAUAUACAGAAUAAUUAUUUAACAUAAAUGUAUAGCAGCACGUGUUAUAUUAAUUCAUUUUAUUGUAUAUUUUGUUUUUAAUUAUUGCAUGUAAUAUUAUUGAUAUGGAGUUGUUUUUUUUAUGAUGCGCUGAAUAAACAUGUACAAAUAUCCACUA